AUGAGGCCAUUCUUAGUGGAUUACCUCAUUCAGGAGAAGGGCAUUGGCAGUGAGCAGGUCUAUCAGGAUGUGCUGGAUCUCUUUGUCUACUCCCGGCUUCCAUUCUUGAUCAUUGUUGGUUUCUGCGCGGAGUUUGACUGCUGUGGAUAUCGGGCGGUUUUGGUGGCUGGGGCAUUCUGCGGCUUUCUCACAGUCUUGAUGACUCGCUUUGGCAUUGGCAUUUCUUCGCAACAGGCCGCCCAAUUCACCGUCUCCGCAGCCUUCGCAUCGCGCGUGGCGGUGCCCUCCAUGGCCUUCACUUUGUGCCUGCCUUCACAAUUUCAAGAAGCAAUCCAUACAUUGAAAGCGGUGAUGCUCUUCUCCAACUGCUGUGCAGCUGGUUUGGGCGAGCUCUUGCGGGACGCUGAGUGGGUUCCUUUGAACUUCCUCUUCGACCUUUCUGCUUUGGGGCAGGUUCUUUCGCUGCUGUGUGCCGCCUUGCUGCCGGGGGCGAGGGCAUCGCCAAGUGCUUCAACGCCCACUGCUGCAGCAAUCUCCAACACCUUAGAAGAGCAUCUGCUUCCGCGCAGUCCACGAAGAUGUUCACAAGGACCGUUGAACGGCGUUCAGGCGCUGUUGCAAGACCUGUGGCUCUCUCUGUGGCUGCGUCGUGUUAUGUGGUGGACCGCCUGGGCUUUGGCCAUGAAUCCCAUCCACGGCUUGACCUUAACGUACUGGCAGAGCAUGGUUCGCUCCAAACACAUCCUGAAGGAUCACAACGGUUACCUCUCUGCCUGCAUGUACCUGGCUGCAUCCUUGUUGACCCUUGGAGCUGGUGGUGCUUGGGUCUUGCAACGCAGCACAUCGCUACUGGUGGUUGCUUCAGUGUUCUUGGCCGCGUAUCUCUUGCUGCAGCUUUCAGCGGCUGAUACUAGGCAGUUGACUGUCUACGGUUGGAUUAUGCUUUACCAGUGCUUGUUCGAGGUCGUCACUGCAGUAGCCACCUUUCAAGUGGGUGUGGGGAAAGCCCAGUGGUUGAGUCCUGUCAAUGGCAAGGCUUGGUAG